CAUUAGUUUUGUUAAAACAAUUUGUUUCAAAAAUAUAUGAUAUUUUGUGAAUACAAUUGUUAAUUGAAAUACAAAUAAUAAUAACUGAAAUCAAUGUCUGAAUCAGUUCAGCAAAAGUCAGUUCACAUGAAUUGGAGUUAUGUUUGCAAUCAUUUGACACAACAGUUGCAGUCAAAUGAAGACUUCUGGUCUGAAUACAAGACGUUGACCACAAACGCUGAUAAAGUAAAACAUUGUUUGACUCAGCCGUCGAUCACCAAACUUGUCGGCGAUUACAUAUCGGUCGUCGGUUCGGCAAAACAUCGCAAGUAUUGGGAAAAAGCCAAAGAGUUUCGCAUUGAAGGCAAUGAUUGGUUCCGCAAAAAGUGCUACGAAGAGGCCAUCGAGACUUAUAAUCAGGCAAUACUGUUUGCACCGCUUCCAGACUCGAGUCUACCCAAAGAAGCCAAUGAAGAAUUGUCGCUGAGUUUUGCCAACCGAUCGGCAGUUUUUUAUUACUUAAAACAAUACGACAAUUGUUUGCACGAUAUCAACAAAGCUAUCAAAUUUGAUUACCCGUUGAAUACAACUAAACUAUAUCUCAGAAAAGCUAAUUGUUUGGCACUGAAGAGCUGUUACGGUAUGGCUAAGAGUGUCAUCGAUUCACAAGAGUUCAAAGCAAAUAAAAUUCAAGACAAACACAUUGAGAGUCAGAUUAAUACCUUAUUAAAGACAAUUGAAUCGAAAGGAGCCAGAGAUCCAUCCAAUUGUGUAAAUACAACGAAACCUAAAGGCGAUCUUAAAUUUGUUAGCAAUGAGUUGAUGCCAAACGCUAGUGAAAUGCUUACAAUGACUACUUCUGAGACAAAAGGCAGAUAUAUUAUCGCCAAUCAAGACAUCAAUCUAUCGGAUAUGCUUUUCAUAGAAACGCCUUACGCUUCGGUAUUGUUGCCUCAAUAUUACAUAAAUCAUUGUCACCACUGUUACGGAAAACUUGUGGAUAAGCCAAUGGUUCCCUGUUUAAAGUGCUCACAAGUCAGAUACUGUAGUGACAAAUGUGUUAUCGAUGGUUGGCAUGAAUGUCAUGAGUAUGAGUGUGGAUAUCUCGAUAUAAUGCAUGACAUCGGUAUCGCACAUUUGGCUCUUCGUAUUUUACUGGUUUGUGGUGUCGAUAAAGCUAUACAAUUGUCGUCAACAUCAGUCUCACAAACAUUGUCGACACCUAAUAGCGAUGCAUAUCUAUCUGUUUGGUCGUUAGUCGAUCACACAAACGAUUUCAAACCAGAAGAUAGUCUUAAUUACUCUUUAGUAGCAAUACUGUUGUUAUUUGUAAUCAAAAAGUUUGAACUAAUAUCCAGUAAAUCAGAAAACUAUGAGUCUUUGGGAGGCAUUAUCUUAAAACAUAUUCUUCAGCUUAUAACCAAUGGUCAUUCAAUAGCAUCGAUGGAGUUUAUUGGACAGUCAUCUAACUUGUGUUUUCAAGACCGACGCAUAGCUACUGCCAUAUAUCCAACUGUUAGUCUAAUGAAUCAUUCAUGUGAUCCAAAUGUGAUUGCAAUUUAUGACAAAAAGCAACUUAUAGUUAGAGCUGCCAAACCUAUUGCUAAAGGACAAGAAGUGAUGAACUGUUACGGACCUCACUGUAAGAGAAUGUCGCUUAAAGACAGACAAACGGCUCUUUUAGAGCAAUACUUCUUUACAUGUGAUUGCAGUUCGUGUUCAACGGGUUUGGAGGAUAAGAGUCGCGCUCUUCAAUGCAAUCGAUGUAAAGAUGCAAUUAUUUUAGACAAAGAAUCUAAAGAUAAUCGUAUAAUUUGUCUCAACUGCAAGAAAGACGAUUUUGAUGUCAAAGCAAUGCUCCAGAAUGUCCAAAAAGGUCUCACAUUAUUGGCUGAUGGAUCCAAACUCAUAGACAAUCAAAAUUACGCCAACGCAGAAACAACACUAUUGAAAUCCCUUGAAAUACUGGAUCAAGUCUUGUACUCUAAGAACAGAAGUUUAGGUAAAGUGAAGGACGAAUUGUGUCGCUGUUACAAUCAACUCGAACAGUGGUCAAAGUCUGUCCAAUAUUGCCGCGAAAGUGUCCACAUUGUCACCGAAGUGUUCGGCGACUCAAGUAUUGAGAUGUCCAACGAAUUGAUUAAAUUAAGUGAAUUGGAGUUUGAAUUCAUGAAUAAUGUCGAAGGUAUUGACGAAAGUAUCAAAGCGGCCGACAUUUGUCUGGUGACCACUGCGAAGGCCAUCAAACUGUUGAACAACUAUACUGUUCCCGGCGAUCACAACAGUCCACAAAUGCAAGAAAUCAAACGUUUAGAGGAAAGACUGAUGUAUUGUAAUAUGUUUUCCAAACAGUUCCAGAAGAAAGAGCUGUGAUUACAUCCAGAUGGACAAAGUCACUAAAAUUUAUUUAUUUUUAUGUAAUUAAAGAAAAUUUAUUUUUAUUAAUUAAAAUAUUUUAUUUUGCAUAAAUUCC